AUGGAUGAUAACGACACAAAUCAAUGGCCAGAAGUUUUAAAAUUUUUGUUUGAAAGCGCUAAUUCCAACCAUAAUUCAUUAAAAGAAUCAGGAUUGGUUAUAUUCGAAUCAUUCCCCGGUAUAUUUGGUAGUCAAGCUGAACAGUCAACAACACUUAUUCACCAAAUAUUUCUGAGUUGUUUGAAUAAUCCUGAUGUGAAAACUGUUACUCAUAGUUUACAAAAUACAGAUGAGGAUACUGCCUUGAAAGCUUUAAUCGAUAUAGCAGAAAACUCGCCCAAAUUUUUAAGACCAUCUAUUAAUGAAAUAUUUGAAUUAUGUCUUCAGGUAUGCUCUAUCUGAAUACUGUUCUCUAUCUGAACUAUACUACACAGGAAUUUCAGUAUAUCAGUAUUCGAGGAUCCCGCUGUUGUAGCACUCGAAAAUUCAAAAUAUUGCAGACAGCAGCAACGGAAUGUGUGUACCCGAAAGCACCAGAAGAGCACUUCACCUUGGUGAAUUGAAUGUUGUUUGGCUAUGCACCCUGACCACAUUUUCCCACGGGAAAAUGUUUCACACCUCUUUAGAUGUCUAGGUUUUUAGGUUUCUUUCAUUUUCCAAUGGGAAACUAUUCCUAAAAUUUUCACACGGGAAAAUGUUUAACACUUCUGUAGGCGCCUAGGUUUUUAGGUUUCUUUCGUUUUCCCAUGGGAAAACAUUUCUAAAAUCUUCCAACGGAAAAAUGUUUCACACUUCUGUAGAUGACUUGGUUUUAGGGGUUUUAGGUUUCUUUCGUUUUCCCAUCCGAACAUAUUUCUAAAAUUUUUACUCGGGAAAUUGUUUCACACUUCUUUAGGUGUCGAGGUUUUUGGGUUUUAAGGUUACUUUCAUUUUCCCAUGGGAAAAUAUUUCUAAAAUUUGCCAACGGAAAAAUGUUUCACACUUCUUUAGCUGUCCAGGUGUCUAGGUUUUUAGGUUUCUUUCAUUUUCGCAUGGGAAAAUAUUUCUAAAAUUUUCUCAGGGGAAAAUGUUUCACACUUCUUUAGAUGUCGAGGUUUUUAGGCUUUUAUGUUUCUUUUGUGUUUGAGAAUUGAAAGAUCCCACUGUCGUAGUAUGCGAGAAUUGUAAGGUUUAGGUAGCCCUCGAAAAAUUCAAAAUAUUGCAGAUAGCAGCAACGAAAUGUGUAUACCCGAAAGCACGAGAAGAACGCUUCACCUUGGUGAAUUGAAUGUUUUUUGGCUAUUCACUCUCACCACACCCGCCAGCUCAGAUAACACUUUUCUUGUGAACCAGGAUGUGAUAGUCUAGCGGCCUGCAGGAAGAAGACGAAGAUCUUGAGAGGUUAGACCAAAGGUAAAGGUAAAAUGAAUCACUUACUUUAUAUUGU